UUAUCCUUUCUUCUUCUACCCCUUCCAUUUUCUUCCUCCUCUUAGAACUUUUCGUCUUUCCAUUUUCAUUUUCCCACUGUAAUUCUCGAAUAAUAAAUUUACCAAAAUCGCCCUGAAGAAAUCCUGGAAAAUUGAUCUAGAUUUAGUUAUUUUAAUUCUUUUUUUUUUAUGUUGAUUUAGACCAUUUCAUUUCCAUGAUCUGAACUAGUAGGCAAAAUUUUUCGAGUCUAAAUUUAUAGAUAUACAUUUGUGAAUCGUCAUACAGCUUUGAAAAUUGAACACUAGAAUUGGGGGUUGGAUCGAUGGAGUGGGCCACCCUACAGCAUUUGGAUCUCAGGCACGUGGAUCGGAGCUCCAAACCCUUGCAGCCUCACGCUGCAGCAUUCCACCCGACGCAAGCUCUUGUUUCCGUCGCUAUUGGGACCCACAUCAUUGAGUUAGAUGCAUAUACUGGAUGCAAGAUCGCGGCGCUGGACAUAGGUUCGCCAGUUGUUCGCAUGGCUUAUAGCCCUACUGUUGGCCAUUCAGUGAUAGCCAUACUCGAGGAUUGUACAAUACGAUCUUGUGAUUUUGACAGCGAGCAAACAUGUGUGUUGCAUUCACCUGAAAAGAGGAUGGAACAAAUUUCUACUGACACUGAAGUUCAUCUCGCCUUGACUCCUCUUCAACCUGUUGUGUUUUUCGGUUUUCAUAAGAAGAUGAGUGUGACAGUUGUUGGGACUGUGGAAGGUGGGAAAGCACCGACAAAAAUAAAAACUGACCUGAAGAAACCCGUUGUCAAUCUUGCUUGCCAUCCUCGCCUUCCGGCUUUGUAUGUGGCUUAUCAAGACGGUUUAAUUCGAGCUUACAAUAUCCAUACAUAUGCUGUUAACUACACACUACAACUUGAUAACACGAUUAAGCUACUUGGUGCUGGUGCAUUUGCAUUUCAUCCUAUGCUGGAAUGGAUUUUUGUUGGUGAUAGACGGGGUACACUUCUUGCAUGGGAUGUUUCCACCGAGAGACCUUUAAUGAUUGGAAUUACACAAGUAGGUUCUCAACCAAUAACUUCAGUUGCUUGGCUUCCAAUGUUGCGGUUCCUUGUCACUUUGUCCAAAGAUGGAAGUAUUCAAGUAUGGAAAACGCGGGUAACAGUGAAUGCUAAUAGACCUCCAAUGCAAGCAAACUUUUUUGAGCCUGCUGCAAUUGAAUCCAUCGACAUCCCUCGCAUUCUUUCUCAGCAAGGGGGAGAAGCAGUUUAUCCACUUCCCCGAAUUAAGGCUUUCGAAGUACACCCAAAGUUGAAUCUAGCAGCAUUACUCUUUGCAAGCAUGAGUGGUGGAGACAAUCGAAAGAAUAGAGCUGCAUACACCAGAGAGGGACGAAAACAACUCUUUGCUGUUCUGCAAAGUGCAAGGGGAUCUUCAGCAUCUGUAUUGAAGGAAAAACUCUCAUCCCUUGGUUCGUCUGGCAUAUUAGCUGACCACCAACUUCAGGCACAACUUCAAGAGCAUCAUUUGAAAGGCCAAAGUCAGCUUACAAUCUCAGACAUAGCAAGGAAGGCUUUUCUUUACAGUCAUUUCAUGGAAGGCCAUGCAAAAAGUGCUCCAAUAUCUCGGUUACCUCUAAUUACAAUUUUGGAUACUAAGCAUCAUCUAAGAGACUUUCCGGUUUGCCUGCCUUUUCAUCUGGAGCUAAAUUUUUUCAAUAAAGAGAACAGAGUUCUUCACUAUCCUGUUCGGGCAUUCUAUAUUGAAGGGGCAAACCUUAUGGCUUAUAAUCUCUCUUCUGGAGUGGAGAAUAUUUACAAGAAGCUCUAUAGUUCGAUUCCUGGAAAUGUGGAAUUCCAUCCAAAGUACAUUGUCCACAGCAAAAAGCAGCACCUGUUUCUUGUUGUUUAUGAGUCCACUGGUGCCUCAAAUGAAAUAGUAAUGUAUUGGGAAAACACGGAUUCUCAGUUGGCUAAUAGUAAAGCAACAACAGUUAAAGGUUUAGACGCAGCCUUUGUUGGUCCUAAUGAAAAUCAUUUUGCCAUUCUUGAUGAAGAUAAGACUGGGCUUUCUUUGUAUAUUUUGCCGGGAGCAGCUUCACAAGAAUCUCUUGGAAAGAAUGGAACCAUUGAGGAAAAUCAGUCAGUAGAUACUGAUGUUGCUUCUGUUAAGGGUCCAAUGCAAUUUAUGCUUGAAAGUGAAGUUGAUCGCAUCUUUUCUACUCCACUAGAGUCAACUUUGAUGUUUGCUUCUCAUGGGGACCAGAUUGGGUUGGCAAAACUUGUCCAAGGAUACCGCCUAUCUACUUCUGAUGGACAUUACAUAUCAACAAAAGCUGAAGGUAGAAAAUCCAUCAAAUUGAAACCAAAUGAGAUAGUGCUUCAGGUACAUUGGCAAGAAACGCUCAGGGGCUUUGUUGCUGGUAUAUUAACUACACAAAGGGUGCUAAUUGUUUCGGCAGAUUUAGAUAUGCUGGCCAACAGUUGUACUAAGUUUGAUAGAGGACUGCCUUCAUUUAGAUCCCUUCUGUGGAUUGGGCCUGCACUUCUCUUCUCUACUACCAGUGCUGUAAGUGUGCUUGGCUGGGAUGGAAAAGUGAGGACCAUAGUCUCUAUUAGUAUGCCUAAUGCAGUGUUGGUUGGAGCUUUGAAUGAUCGUCUGCUGCUUGCAAACCCAACAGAUAUAAAUCCCAGACAGAAGAAGAAAACUGAGAUCAAGAGUUGCCUUGUUGGGCUUCUCGAACCUCUUCUUCUUGGAUUUGCGACAAUGCAACAACAUUUUGAGCAGAAGCUUGACCUGGCAGAGAUCCUAUACCAAAUUACAUCAAGGUUUGACAGCCUACGUAUUACUCCAAGAUCACUUGAUAUUCUUUCCAGAGGUUCUCCAGUUUGUGGUGAUCUUGCUGUGUCAUUAUCGCAGUCAGGACCACAAUUUACUCCGGUGUUGCGAGGAAUCUAUGCAAUCAAAGCACUCCGUUUUUCUACUGCUUUGUCUGCAUUAAAAGAUGAGUUUUUGCGUUCAAGAGACUACCCACGAUGUCCCCCAACUUCACAUUUGUUCCAUCGGUUCCGCCAGUUGGGAUAUGCAUGUAUCAAAUAUGGUCAGUUUGACAGUGCAAAAGAAACUUUUGAAGUUGUAGCAGAUUAUGAAAGCAUGCUUGAUCUUUUUAUAUGCCACCUAAAUCCUAGUGCAAUGCGGCGUCUUGCUCAGAAGUUCGAAGAAGAGGGUGCUGAUUCAGACUUGAGGCGAUACUGUGAGAGGAUUUUAAGAGUACGCUCUACUGGGUGGACCCAAGGCAUAUUUGCAAACUUUGCUGCUGAAAGUAUGGUUCCUAAAGGACCUGAAUGGGGUGGUGGGAACUGGGAAAUCAAGACACCCACCAACCUGAAGAGCAUACCUCAGUGGGAACUGGCUGCAGAGGUGAUGCCUUACAUGAGAACUGAUGAUGGUACAAUCCCAUCCAUUGUUACUGACCACAUUGGUGUUUAUUUGGGUUUAAUCAAAGGAAAAGGUAAUGUUGUUGAAGUGAGAGAAGAUAGUUUAGUGAAAGCGUUUAAAGCUAAUGUUGGUGGUGUCAAGGCAAAUGGACUUCCGGCAUUUGUUGCUACAACUGCAUCAAACAAGCCUAAAGGGGCACUCGAUGGUGAAUCUAAAGGUGAUUCCUUGAUGGGUCUAGAAACUCUCUCCCAACAAUUUUCCAGUUCCAGUGCUGUAGAUGCUCAGGCCAAAGCUGAGGAAGAAUUUAAGAAAUCACUAUAUGAUGCUGCUGCCGAUGGUAGCAGCAGUGAUGAGGAAGGAACUUCAAAAACCAAGAAAUUACACAUUAGAAUUCGAGACAAACCAGUUGCAUCUUCUACAGUGGAUCUAAAUAAAAUUAAAGAAGCCACGAAGCAGUUGGGCCGUCCAAUGAGUAGGACCAAGUCAUUAACAAGUGCAUCCCCAGACCUAGGCCUAAUCGUACCUCAACCCGCUCCUACAACCUCUGGAACUGUGACUGCUCCUGUUGUUUCUGUUUCUUCAGAUCCUUUUGGAACCAUGUCAUUGGCUCAACCUGCAUCCACAUCACAGCCUUCUCCUAUAGUAACGGGUGGAGUUACAUCAGGUCCAAUCCCGGAGGACUUCUUCCAGGAUACAAUAUCAUCAAUUCAAGUUGCAGCAUCACUUCCGCCCCCUGGGACCAUCCUCUCAAGGCUAGGUCCAAAUUCUCAAGGAGCUGGAAGCAACAAUGUCCUGGCUAACCAGGUUAAUAUAGCUGCAACUGAUACCAUACCCAGUGGUGGAAUACCCCCACAAACUGCUCAACAGCCAGUUAUGUACGAGCCCGUUGGGCUUCCAGAUGGUGGAAUACCACCACAAUCCAUGCCUCAAUCUGCUGCUCUACCACAGCCUCAGGUUCAGAUGACUUCGCAGGUUCCCAUCUCUAGUCAGCCCCUUGAUCUCAGUGCUCUUGAACCUCCAGGAUCUGAAAUCUCAGGAAAAACUUCUGCACUUCCAGCUUCUCCAAAGGCUGUCCGUCCUGGGCAGGUUCCUCGUGGGGCUGCUGCUGCAUUUUGUUUCAAGACUGGACUUGCCCAUCUGGAGCAAAAUCAGCUCUCAGAUGCAUUAUCCUGUUUUGAUGAGGGUUUCCUAGCAUUAGCCAAGGAUCAAUCUCGUGGUGCAGAUAUAAAGGCUCAAGCCACAAUUUGUGCCCAAUACAAGAUUGCUGUCACCCUUCUUCAGGAAAUAAACCGACUGCAGAGAGUUCAAGGUCCUAGCGCAAUUAGUGCAAAAGACGAGAUGGCAAGAUUGUCACGCCAUCUUGGCUCAUUGCCUCUUCUUGCGAAGCACAGGAUAAAUUGCAUUCGAACUGCCAUCAAAAGGAACAUGGAUGUGCAGAAUUUUGCCUAUGCCAAGCAGAUGCUUGAACUACUACUCUCUAAGGCACCUCCCGGAAAGCAAGACGAGUUGAGAAGUCUGAUUGACAUGUGUGUUCAGAGGGGUUUGUCUAACAAGUCUAUCGAUCCAUUAGAAGAUCCCUCCCAAUUCUGUGCGGCUACACUUAGCCGUUUAUCUACAAUUGGAUACGAUGUUUGUGAUCUUUGUGGAGCAAAAUUUUCUGCAUUGUCGGCACCUGGCUGCAUUAUCUGUGGCAUGGGCAGCAUUAAAAGAUCGGAUGCAAUUGCUGGACCAGUCCCUUCGCCUUUCGGCUGAGGUCAAUACACUAGCUACACACUCCUGAAUCAAGGUGGCAAUUCCCUCUUCCUUGGAGGGUGCCACUGCAGGAAAAAAAAAUUCUUCAAAUUUCCUCCAUCGUCCU